UAUCCCAUCCUAAACCCCACCGGAUAACACCGUUUCCUCCUCACACGAACACACCGAAGAAGCGGCACCCAGGAGCGAGCGGGAGAGAAUGGCGUCCCUGGCGCAGCACAUCGCGGGGCUCCCGUGCCCGCCGCUCUCCGGCGCGUCGCGCCGCCGCCCCGCGGCGCCGAGGCGGUCGCCUUCGGCGCUGGUGUGCGGGACGUACGCGCUGACCAAGGACGAGCGGGAGCGGGAGCGGAUGCGCCAGCUGUUCGACGAGGCCUCCGAGCGAUGCCGCACCGCGCCCAUGGAGGGCGUCGCCUUCUCCCCCGAGGACCUCGACACCGCGGUCGAAACCACCGACAUCGAUACCGACAUCGGCUCCCUCAUUAAGGGGACAAUAUUCAUGACUACUUCAAAUGGUGCAUAUGUUGAUAUUCAAUCAAAGUCUACUGCUUUCUUGCCUUUAGAUGAGGCAUGCCUUCUUGAUAUUAACAAUGUCGAAGAUGCGGGAAUCCGCCCGGGUUUACUUGAGGAAUUUAUGAUAAUUGAUGAGAACCCUGGCGAUGAAACUUUGAUUCUGAGUUUGCAAGCAAUUCAGCAAGAUCUUGCAUGGGAAAGGUGCCGGCAACUUCAGGCAGAAGAUGUCGUUGUCACGGGUAGAGUGAUUAGCGGAAACAAAGGAGGUGUGGUAGCUCUUGUAGAAGGGCUUAAGGCAUUUGUUCCAUUUUCGCAAGUGUCAUCGAAAUCAACUGCUGAAGAGCUGCUUGGAAAAGAACUACCUCUGAAAUUUGUAGAAGUCGAUGAGGAACAAGGCAGGCUUGUCCUCAGUAAUCGCAAGGCAAUGGCAGACAGUCAAGCCCAGCUUGGUAUUGGUUCAGUUGUCUUGGGAACUGUUGAGAGCCUAAAACCUUAUGGUGCCUUUAUUGACAUUGGUGGAAUCAAUGGCCUUCUCCAUGUCAGCCAGAUUAGUCAUGAUCGUGUUGCAGAUAUCUCAACAGUUCUGCAACCAGGAGAUACCCUCAAGGUUAUGAUACUGAGCCAUGACCGCGAAAGAGGUCGGGUUAGUCUUUCUACAAAAAAGCUUGAGCCAACACCUGGCGACAUGAUCCGCAAUCCCAAGCUUGUUUUCGAGAAGGCUGAUGAGAUGGCUCAGAUAUUCAGGCAGAGAAUAGCUCAAGCAGAGGCAAUGGCUCGUGCUGACAUGUUGAGAUUCCAGCCAGAGAGUGGAUUGACCCUCAGUUCAGAGGGAAUCUUAGGACCAUUGUCAUCAGACACACCAUCGGAGGAUUCUGGAGAAGAAUCGACAGAUGAAUAGAAGCGGUAGACAUAAUACAUCGGCUUUGAAAGAUGUGGUAGCUUGUCAUACUCGUUUUUCUUUGGGCGAAGGCAUGACAAAGGCCUGUUCUGUUCAGAUCAUUUUCCCCGUUCAGUUCUUCUUGUCGCAAUGUGUAGGUAAUCUGGAAAUAUAAGUUACUGAAGACGCCGAGAAGAAAUGGAAUUUACCUCCCUUGCGAGUUUGCGAAGCUA